AUGCCUAACACAAGUCUUCGUCGCCCUCAGAAGGGCUUCCGCCGCGGAGGCAAAGUUGCCUACCAUGGCAACCGGACACGCACAUUCGCGGCCUCGUCCAGGAAUGAGGCCACGUCGGCAGACGAGAAAUGGGAACGAACACGGCUAGCACACAGCAUUGACGAGAACAUGGGCUUUGCGCGUUAUGAGAGCGGAAAGAAGAGAGAAGGCUGGCUAGUCAACAUCCAACCCACAUCUAUAGAGGACGAACGGAUACCGGGGGGUCGAGCCGCUGUCGACUGCUAUUUCAUCGAAGAAGACGGCUCGACCUUCAAAGCCACUGUGGAAUUUGACCCAUACUUCUUGAUCGCUGUCAAGAAGGGACGAGAGUCUGAGGUUGAAGAAUGGGUCAAGAGGGUUGCCGGAGGUGGCGUUGUCAAGUCGAUUCGAAGAGUUGAGAAAGACGAUCUCAACAUGCCCAACCACUUACUCGGCUACCGAAGGACAUUUCUGGAGUUGAGGUUUGCCAAUGUCAAUGACCUCAUGGCUGCGAGAAAAGAUAUCAUGCCUAUUGCGGAAAAGAACAAGAAGAAUAUGAAUGCUAUGGAUGCCUACGCCGAGGUUGCAACCUCAAAUGGUGACUUCGACCUUUUUGAUGACUCACGAGAUGACGACCGAAAUAUGAAUACUGCCCUUUCCGAUGCGAGCGACUUCAUCGUCGAUAUAAGAGAAUAUGAUGUACCAUACCAUGUACGAGUAAUGAUAGAUUUAGAUAUACGAGCCGGAAAGUGGUACUUUGUUGAAGCCAAACAUGGUGUCACCAAAAUUUACCCAAACGAAGAGAGGUCGUUGCCGGCUGAACCUGUAGUAAUGGCUUACGAUAUUGAAACAUCAAAGCUGCCUCUGAAAUUCCCUGACGCUGCCACCGAUCAGAUCAUCAUGAUUUCUUACAUGAUUGAUGGCCAAGGGUUCUUAAUUACUAACCGCCAAAUCCUUUCAGAAGACAUUGGCGACUUCGACUACACACCCAAACCAGAAUACCCAGGCCCCUUUAUGAUUUUCAACGAACCUGAUGAAAAGGCUGUCAUCGAGAGGUUCUUCCUCCACAUCAAGGAAGCACGGCCUACCGUAAUUGCGACUUACAACGGUGACUUUUUCGAUUGGCCCUUUGUGGAAGCACGGGCUAGCAUCAAUGGAAUUGAUAUGUAUCAAGAGAUUGGAUGGAAGAAGGACAACGAGGAUCAGUACAAGUGUAACUACAGUGUGCACAUGGACUGCUUCCAUUGGGUCAACCGAGAUUCGUAUCUACCUCAAGGUUCUCGUGGCCUGAAAGCUGUCACUGUCGCGAAGCUCGGAUACGACCCAGACGAGCUGGAUCCCGAAUUGAUGACACCGUACGCGACUGAGCGACCCCAGACACUCGCCGAAUACUCCGUCUCCGAUGCCGUUGCAACAUAUUAUCUGUACAUGAAAUACGUGCACCCCUUCAUUUUCUCACUUUGUACGAUUCUACCUUUGAGUGGUGAUGAAGUAUUGAGAAAGGGAACUGGUACACUCUGUGAGAUGCUGCUGAUGGUGCAAGCAUAUCAACGAGAAAUUGUACUUCCGAAUAAGUAUAUCACACCAAAGGAGGCCUUCUGGGACGGACAUCUCCUCGAUUCAGAGACCUACGUCGGUGGCCACGUUGAAAGUAUCGAAGCGGGAGUCUUUCGAGCUGAUAUCCCGGUGGAUUUUGCUGUCGACCCUGGAGCUAUUGACGAGCUCCUCGGUGAUUUAGAUGCUGCCCUCAAAUUUGUAAUCACAGUUGAGGAGAAGAAGAACUUUGAUGAUGUAGAGAACUACGAAGAGGUCAAGGCUCAGAUCGUCGAGAGGUUGAACAAGCUCAAAGAAGCGCCGAACCGUAACGAAAAACCCCUGAUUUACCAUCUGGAUGUCGCAUCGAUGUACCCCAACAUCAUGACAACCAACCGAUUGCAGCCUGACUCUAUGAUUCAAGAGUCCGACUGUGCUGCCUGCGACUUCAAUCGACCAGGAAAGACAUGCGAUAGAAGGUUACCUUGGGCUUGGCGAGGAGAGUACUUGCCCCCAAAACGAGAUGAGUACAACAUGAUUAAAAAUGCCCUUCAGAACGAGAAGUUUCCUGGUAAAUAUCCUAGUUCUCCUAUGAGAACCUUCCAGGAACUCAGUGCGGAUGAGCAAGCCAAUCUUGUACGAAAACGUCUUCAACUCUAUUCUCAGAAGGUCUACCACAAAAUCCAUGAUUCAACAACUAUUGUGCGAGAGGCAAUCAUUUGCCAAAGAGAAAACCCUUUUUAUAUCAACACUGUACGAGACUUCCGUGAUCGUCGAUAUGACUACAAGGGCAAAGCCAAGGUUUGGAAGGGAAAGACGUCAUCCUUGCAAUCUGCUGGUGCUGCCCAGAGCGAGGUUGAUGCUGCCAAGAAGAUGAUUAUUCUCUACGACUCGCUGCAAUUGGCUCACAAGGUUAUUCUAAAUUCAUUUUACGGAUAUGUGAUGAGAAAGGGAUCUCGUUGGUACUCACUCGAAAUGGCUGGCGUCACUUGUUUGACGGGUGCUCACAUUAUUCAAAUGGCUCGACAACUGGUCGAACGGCUGGGACGACCUCUGGAAUUGGAUACCGACGGUAUCUGGUGCAUGCUUCCCGCAACCUUCCCUGAGAACUUCUCCUUCAAACUCAAGGGCGGCAAGAAACUCAACAUCUCAUAUCCCUGUGUUAUGCUUAACCACCACGUCCAUGCAAAAUUCACCAACCAUCAAUAUCAGACACUCGUUGACAAGAAGACCCUCAAGUACGAAACACACAGCGACAACUCCAUCUUUUUCGAAGUCGAUGGUCCAUAUAAAGCCAUGGUUCUACCCACAUCGAAAGAAGAAGACAAAAACUUGAAGAAGCGUUACGCUGUCUUCAACGAUGAUGGCAGUCUUGCUGAGUUGAAAGGUUUUGAGGUGAAACGUCGUGGUGAGCUCAAGCUCAUCAAGAUCUUCCAGCAACAGAUUUUCAAGUUCUUUCUCGAAGGUGAAACGCUAGCCGAAUGUUAUGGAGCCGUUGCCAAGGUUGCCAACCGUUGGCUGGAUGUUCUACACAGCAAGGGUACAACAUUGGCUGACGAGGAGCUGAUGGAACUCAUUUCUGAGAAUCGAAGCAUGUCCAAAACUCUGGAGGAGUACGGAAACCAGAAGUCAACCAGUAUCACAACUGCCAAGCGUUUGGCAGAUUUCUUAGGUGAGCAGAUGGUAAAAGACAAAGGACUGAACUGUAAGUUCAUCAUCUGCGCUCGACCCAAAAACGCACCUGUUACAGAACGGGCUGUUCCGGUGGCCAUCUUCUCUGCGGAGGAAUCUGUCAAGCGUACAUAUCUGAGGAAGUGGCUGAAGGAGGAGCCCACUGAUACUGAUCCUCGUGCACUGCUUGACUGGGAUUAUUACCUGGAGCGAUUGGGCUCUGUUAUUCAGAAGCUGAUCACCAUUCCUGCGGCUCUCCAAAAGGUCCGCAACCCUGUACCUCGAGUGCCACAUCCUGACUGGCUUCAAAGGAGGAUCAAUAUCAAGGACGACAAACUGAAGCAGAAGAAACUCACUGAUCUUUUCAAAAAGAGUCCACUGGAAGACAUCACCAACAUCAAUGGUUCUAGACUGGAUGAUGUAGAAGAUUUCGGUAGCAAGCUUUUGAAGCCCAAACAAGUCAACGCAGUCAUUGCAUCCUCUCAGGCUGCAACGACAGUUCAGAAGCGCAAGUCUCCUGAGCCGGCAGAGAACCCCGAUCCCAUGUCUGCACUUCCUGAAGUUAUGCCAAGUGCUUCGGAGAACUAUGAAGCAUUCUUGAUGUACCAGAAGAAGAAGUGGAAGUUGCAGAAGCAAGCCAGAAUCCGUCGACGGCAAUUGUUUGGUGACCGAAGAGGCGGUGCAGUGAACAAUCUUCAGCAAACAUUCAUGAAGCAGGCGCACACUACUUACAUGAGUAACUGGCAGGUCUUGCACCUCAAAGCGACUGAGACUCCUGGUAUUGUCAUGGCAUAUGUCCUAAUCGAUGCUAAGAUUCAUACGCUCAAGGUCAAUGUUCCUCGACAAGUUUUCCUCAAUCUCAAGAGUAAGGAUCUUCCCGAUGUUGAAGUGGAUGGCUGUGAAGUCGAACAGGUCAAUUACACACUUCCCAAUGGUCAUCCAUCAAGCCAUCUCUUCAAGUUGACUGUAUCGGAGGAUGUUUACUUCAACGAGAGCGAAAAGUUCUCCCUCCUCUUUAAUCAUCCUAGUGUUGAGGGUGUAUAUGAGAAGCAAGUACCCCUGAACAUCCGAGCUGUCUUGCGUCUUGGAAAUCAAUGCACCAUUGACGCGACACAACAUGCUGUGCUUGGAAAGGGCCUUGAGCAAGGCUUUGAUCUGGCUGGUCUGAAGCGACCAGCCAAGACACGAACGUAUCUCGAGACGUCGCCACUGGCUUACAUUUACGUUUCUCACAUUACAACUGGAGAGCGACAGAUUUUUGGUAUCUUCUCUACCACCAAUGACCAAGCCCAUGUUGUUAUUCUGCAGAAGAACAAGGAUUCUGGUCAAGAUCUUCCCAAUAUUUCCAAAAUGUAUUCGGAGAUGCUCGCUAGACGGCAUGCGGAGGCAGCUGGUACCAACUGGCAGGAUUGUUUUACUUACCAGGAGAAACUCCAUAUCAAGAUCACCCAAGUGACGACCCGACGCAAGGCUCACUUGGAGAUAGGUGAUGUCGUCAAGAAGAUGCGCAAGGAUGAGCCACGACCGCAGAUGAUGGUUAUCCAGUCGUCUCAACGUAAACUGCUCAUCCAUGAUGUCCCUAUCUUGGGAGAGUUCCCAGUCCUUCCCUUAAAAUACGAUGUGGGGGAUAGCUCUCUACCUCCUCUUGGGUGGCAAUCUGUCAUCGCCAAGCGACUCGUUGGUCAUUAUCUUGGUCUUGGGUCCUGGAUUCUACACCUCACCACUUUGGCUCGUUACGGCGAUGUGCCUCUGUGUAAUUUGGAACGAGACGAUCCCCGAUUCUUGAUCGAUGUUGCCUAUGCCCGGCGCCUUCAGGCCAAUGGAGUCGUGCUUUGGUGGUCUCCCGAUGCCCGCCCUGAUCAUGCCGGAUAUGAAAAGGACGAUCUUCUGGGCCCUCUCGACACAGUCAAAAUGCCAAAUGUCAACAACCCAGGAACUUUCUCGUCCGUGUGUAUCGACAUAGAUGUCAGAAAUCUGGCUAUCAACACUAUCCUGACCUCAUCUCUUAUCAACGAGCUUGAGGGUGCCGACUCUGUCUCGUUCAAUCCCGCUGCUGACGACUCAGAGACACUUGCAUCCGAGAACGCCUUUGCCAACGCUGGCAUUCAGGUACUGCGUGAGAUGGUGAAGGCAUGGUGGACUGAAGCCUGUCGUGGAAGUACUAUGGCCGAUAUUCUCGUGCAACAUCUUGUUCGCUGGGUUGAGAAUCCCGACUCUUUCAUGUACGACCGAGCCCUGCACUAUUAUGUGCAGAUGAUGUCUCGUAAGGCCUUCCAGCAGCUGAUGGCUGACUUCCGUCGAGUGGGAUCUCAGGUCAUUUUUGCCAACGCCAAUCGUCUCAUUCUCCAAACCACAAAGGCCGAGGUUGGCAACGCAUAUGCGUAUAGCGAGUAUAUCAUUAAGUCGAUCAAGAGCAAGCCACUCUUUCACUUCAUUGACUUAGAGAUUAAGGAGUAUUGGGACUAUCUUGUAUGGUACGAUGAGUUCAACUACGGAGGCAAGGCCUGUCAGGAGGUUAUUGAAGCCGAAGAACAGAACCUCGAAACUGUCAUGCACUGGCAGAUGGCAACAUUCUUGCCUGUUCGACUACAGUCCACAUUUCAGGACUGGGUGAUUGAGUUCAUACAGUUGAUGCAUCAACUCAAGCGGCCUCAUAACGGGGACCCAGAUGGCACACCACGUCUGACACAGCUACCAAGCAAGGGCCUAGAGGACCAUGAAGGCCAAAUUCUAUUAGGCAAAGCUUUUGAGAAACCUCUGAAAAAGGACAUCAUUGGCCUCCUCAAUAAGCAGAAGCGUGAAUUACUUCAUCCAGAGCUUGCACAGGACUACACAUUCCCCGCCCUUCCCGGCUCACAUCUCAACCCUCGAAAUCCUAUCCUCGAGCUUGUCAAAUCGCUCAUGCAAGUUCUAUCGCUUGACAAAAAUAUCACACUUGAAGCUCGAUUACUUCGGAAAGAGCUUCUGGCCUUGUUCGAGGUGCGCGAGUUCUCCAAAGACGGUACCUUCACAAACCCAUCAGAAAGCCUUCGUCUUCCUCAGAUAUCUUGUGACAGCUGCACUAUGAUGCGAGAUCUAGACCUAUGCAGAGACGAAGACCUCUUUGGCGAAGGUGCUGCUUGGUGCUGCGGCUUCUGUGGCACUGAGUUCGAUCGUGUCGCCAUAGAAGAGCGAUUAUUGGGUAUAGUAGAGAGCUGGAUUGUGGAAUGGACAACACAGGAUCUAAAAUGUGCCCGGUGCGGCGCACUGAGACUGAACGAGUUUAUGGAACACUGUACCUGCAGUGGAGAGUGGAAGGAAAUUGUAUCGCGACAAGACGUGAGCAAGAAACUCGGAGUUAUGAGGAGGGUAGCCAAGUUCUACGGACUAAGGAUGCUUAGUGAUGUGGUCGAGGAACUUCAGAGAGGUUUAUGA